CCUCCCUCCCAUGCGCCGCGCCGCGUUCAUCCAAAUCCCAAUCCAAAUGGGACGGUAGAGAUCACCUUCGCCUCACGUCUCGUCUCCGAAGAAGAAGAGAUUAGAUCCUAGGUUACUCCUCGAUCUGAAAAUAAAAGGCUAGGCUGCCGGCCGGGAUAAGAUGAUGAUGGAGAAGCAGAUCAGGGGGGAGCACCAGCAGGAAGGAGCAGGGCGGCGGCGGCAGCAGCAGCAGGAGGAGGAGGUGGUGGUGGUGCACAGCCAGGUGAGGCGGAUCAAGCAGGAGGAGGACGAGCGGGCGAAAGUGCACGAGACGUACCAGCACCAGCACGUCUCCGAGAUGCGCGUCGUCCUCCGGGACCUCGACAGGCAGCGCUCCCGCUCCCCGCUCGGCCGCGUCGCCCGCACCGCCAUCUCCAUCGGUGGCGACUCCUAGUCUGGCUCUGGCCUAUGGAAUUCGUUCAAGCCGAUCGAUCCCCUCGGGGAGGCGGGGUGGAGAAGGCGGGCGUUCUCGGUCGGCGGCGACGAUCGGCGUCGUCCUCUCGCCCUCGCUCUUCCCUCGUUAGGGUUGAUUGAUCGAUCGAUCGUUGUUAGGAUCUGUUUCGGUCGUCGUCUUGUUCUUGGCAUGGUCGGAGUGCUCGUUGAGAUGCACGCAACAUUUUUAUUCUAUUGUUUUUAGGGUGAUAUAAUGGAUCAAUCAUGUAAAUACCUUUUUUUUCAUCAUUCGAUCGAUCUACAGGGGUGAUGAACAAGUCUUCUCUAUUUAAUUAGGUUUCGGGGAGAAAAUAUGGAAUGAUUUCUUCUUUGAGGGCAAUUGUUUCUGUUUUCUUGGAAGCAUU